UCUGAUUAAAACACAGAUCAUAUUUCGUUCUAGACGUUUGGACGCGAAGGUAGAAAUCGGUGAAUUGUUUUAUUACUAAAUGGAAUACGGCAUAAUUGUGUGUAUGGUGGUGUAAAUGAAACCUUUACAUAUCGAUAUAAUUUUCCGAUAAAGGCUGUGAGUUCACCGAGUAUCGCAUCGCUGGUAUAAUAUAAGGACAUAGGGUCAUUUUCAAGAUUGAAAAUAAAAUGGCGGGCACAGGACUCCGAAAUCUCACACUACAUGGAAACAGGAAAGUAAGCAAGUCGAAAUCUAAGACUCGACUACUGUAGGCCUACUACAUAGAUCAGAGUAUCAAUAGAGAGAUAAUAGCUGUCCCCAACUUUGUCUGUAGCUGUAACCGCGAUUGGGCAAGAAAGUGAUGAAAUUUAAAUUUUCGUUUACAUGAUAACACGCGGGUGUACGAUUUAAAUGGGUAUUGAUAGUGGAAUAGUGUAUAGUAUCCAUUCCAAGGGCCACUAUUCUGUGUUGGAAAAUAAUAUGUUCAGGCUUGUUAGUGUUGAUAUUAGUUUGCAACAAGAUGGUGUCACUUUACCUUAAAAAAAAUGUUCUAGAAUUUAAUUUGCAGAAGGAAAAAAGUUAAUAUUGGGAGCUCAUUAUGUCGCACCUUUCAGUGAUUGUAUCGACCGAGCGAAUAUUCACUGUUGAUCAGUGUGCACUACCAAUCUGUUUCACAGAGAAUUACGAGUCGCGACCAAGCAAAUAUUCACUGCGGAUCAGUGUGGUGCACUACAUGUGGUGUAGGCCAUCGAAACGUCAUUGAUCGAAACUGAAAAAAAAAACCCAAACGAAACGAAAUAUAGAUCUGUAUUUUAAUCAGAUUGUAUGUAAAUGUAUUAUUUUCUGUGGUUGCUUGUACAAUUUAAACUGAACUGUUGUUGAAAUUAUGGAUUAAAUGUAGGCCUACCAGGGCAGCGACAUAUUAUAUCUCUUUUUCAGUAAUUUUCGACAUAGUUUACAUACACACCAUUUGAGUACAUUUAACCCUAGAUUCUUCUUAUGUAGUAGUAGAAUGACAUACAUGCUUUUGCAAAGUUUUAAAGAAUUGUCUGCACAGUAACAGAACCAUACGAAUUUCCCUGCAAUAGAAAUGUAGCCAGAUGUUAUUUCAACAUUACCAUCUUUACUAUAACAUGGCGUGAUUAUUUAAAUAACACCUUUACAGAUGUUGAUUAAAAGUUUACAUUGAACCAUGGUGAUAAUGUGUAAAGAAGGCGGCGUCUUUCAUCGUUGGCCUUCAAUUUGUUGCUUAUUCAUAAUAAAAUGGAUUGAAUGGAGAAAACUAAGUAUUGUGGAUGACACCUUUUAAACGGAACUCAUAAAGUCAUCUUUUGAGUGACAGUCAAGUAAUUGAUGUCAGUUGUUAGUAGCUGAGAUCAUCGUCUCUACAGCUGACACAGUGGCAUGUGAUAUACUUUGUCUACAGUUGUAGUGAGAUUAAAACCAUGACAAUGUGGAUUGACAGUGAUUAUAUACACGUGGCUAGAUAUGGUAGUGUAUCACAUACUGGUUUAUUAAGAAACCAUUCCUCUACCAAGUUAGAAGACCUCAAACCUAAAAACAGAUUACCAGAUGUAGAUAUACUAUUACCUAUAACGUAUAUCAGGAAUAUUGUUUAUAAUUUAGCGAGAAACAAUUUAGAGAUGGACAAAAGAAAGAUGGUCAGUUUGUUGUGUCUUGUUUUCCAAACCUCGGGAUUAAUUUUAACUAUGAGAUAUUCUCGAACAAUCCAGGCAGAAAGUAACAGUUAUUUAUCAUCAACCGUGAUUGUUGUAUCUGAAAUAAUUAAACUAAUAUCAUGUAUUAUUGUUAUAAUACUUACGGACAUAAGACCCUGGUAUACUAUGCAGUCGGAAGUAUUACAUGAAUCAAAUGAACUAAUAAAGUUAGCUGUACCUGCUGGUUUAUAUACAUUACAGAAUAAUCUACAGUUUGUUGCUGUAUUUAAUCUAGAUGCUGCUACAUUUCAGGUGACAUAUCAAUUAAAGAUAUUAACUACAGCUUUAUUUUCUGUUGUAUUUUUGAGUCGACGAUUAACGAGAAGAAAAUGGAUAUCAUUAAUUAUAUUAACAUUAGGCAUAUCAUUAGUACAGCUCUCUAAAUUAAAAAGUUGCAUAGCUGAUAACGACCCUGCUUGUAAUAACAGUGACGUUUCUGUUGGUGAAAACAGUGACAGAUCGGCUUUUAUUGGUCUGUUGGCCGUACUAGUAAUGUGUCUGAGCAGCGGAUUUGCUGGAGUGUAUUUUGAAAAAAUAUUAAAAAGCUCCAAACAAUCACUUUGGACAAGAAAUAUACAGUUAGCUGUACCCAGUAUUAUAUUAGGUAUGAUAGGUGUAAUAUAUGUUGACGGUAGUAACAUUAUAGAGAAAGGGUUUUUUCAGGGUUAUACAACAAUUACAUGGUUUAUUGUAUUGCAACAGGCAUAUUUAGGUUUAGUUAUAUCUGUGGUUAUAAAAUACGCUGAUAAUAUAGUAAAAGGGUUUGCAGCAGCUAUAUCUAUUAUAUUCUCUAGUUUAGUGACUGUUAUCUUCCUACAUGAUUUAAUACUUACCAGUUGGUUUUUUAUUGGAACCUUUUUAGUUUUAUUGUCUACAGUUAUGUAUAGUGUUCAUAGUUCCAGUUAUUCUACAAGAUCUCAAAUAUCUGUUAAAACAGUGUGAAAUAUGUGAUAGAGAGUCAGUGGAGUAUUGUAUAUAAUUGUAAAUAUUUUAAAUAAAUUAUCUAAUGA